CAGAGCUUCAGUAGGAUCCAAACAUGUUGAAGCUGCUGCUGCUGCUGCUGUUGUUCUGGACGAGUUCAGCGCUGGUCAGAGUUCCUCUCCGGCGGGUUCCUUCGAUUCGUUCUCAGCUGCGAGCCGUCGGCCUGCUGGAGGAGUUUCUGAAGGAUCACCGACCCGAUGCCUACAACCGCCGCUACGCUCAGUGCUUCCCAUCCGGGACGCCGUCUCUGAGGCUCGGACGCUCCAGCGAGAAGAUCUACAACUUCAUGGACACUCAGUAUUUUGGUGACAUCAGUUUAGGGACUCCGGAGCAGAACUUCUCGGUGAUUUUCGACACCGGAUCCGCCGACCUCUGGGUGCCGUCGUCCUACUGCGUCAGCACGGCCUGUGUGCAGCACAGACGUUUCAAGGCGUUUGAUUCGACAUCGUACCGUCAUGAUGGUCGGACGUUUGGGAUUCACUAUGGAACGGGACACCUGCUGGGAGUCAUGGCCAGAGACACGAUGAAGAUUGGGAGUCUGAUUGCAGUGAACCAAGAGUUCGGUGAGGCCGUGUACGAACCUGGCAACAUAUUCGUGCUGGGGAAGUUCGACGGUGUUCUAGGAAUGGCCUACCCUUCCCUGGCAGAGAUUCUUGGAAACCCUGUUUUCGACAACUUGUUGGCGCAGAAGGCGUUGGACAAGCCGGUGUUCUCGUUCUACCUCAGCAGGACAACAAGGACCACCAGCCCAGAGGGAGAACUGUUGCUAGGCGGAAUAGACGAGGCGCUGUACAGCGGACCAAUCAACUGGUUACCUGUAACUGCUAAGGGAUACUGGCAGAUUAAGAUGGACAGUGUGGCGGUGCAGGGUGUGAGCUCGUUUUGUCCUCAGGGAUGCCAGGCAGUUGUUGAUACUGGAACCUCCCUUAUUGCCGGACCGACCAAUGACAUCCUCAACCUCCAACAGCUGAUCGGAGCCACACCCACAAACUUCGGAGAGUUUCUUAUCGACUGCGUCAGGUUGUCCAGUUUACCUCAUGUGACAUUUGUUCUGGGUGGAACAGAGUACACACUGACCGCUGAGCAGUACGUGAGGAAGGAGAUGCUUGGCGACAGGGAGCUGUGUUUCAGCGGCUUCGAGGGCAUGGACAUCGUUUCCCCCGCGGGCCCUCUGUGGAUCCUGGGAGACGUCUUCCUGACAGAGUACUACAGCGUCUUCGACAGAGGACAGGACUGUGUGGGGCUAGCUCGUGCUAAGCAUCCAGCCGAAGAGUAGCCUGGUAGUCAAUGUGACUCAGAAUGACAGCAGUAUAACCAAUAAACACUGUGCAGUUAAA